CGUGGCUAACAACCUAAUAUGAGUGUGAAUUAUAUAAUAUAUAUACUCAUCAACUUAUUCCAAGUAUAUAUAAUCUAGAUUUUGCUAGAACAAAUACUUCACAAACCAAAAGAGAGAAUUAAUUUGAGAGAAAACGAAUUGAAAAAAGAAAAGAAAAAUGCAUCGAGCAACAUUUGUUCCAGCAAAUGAUAAAAUGGAGUACUUCAAAUUGAUGAGUGAUCAUACUAUCCCUUGCGUUGGUUUGGGGACAUGGAAAUCUGGCUCUCAAGCUCGUUACUCCGUUGAAAGUGCCAUUGUCGAGGCUGGUUACAGGCAUAUUGAUACAGCUUGGGCAUAUGAUAUAGAGGAGGCGGUUGGUGAUGGCAUUAAGGCUGCAAUUCAUGCUGGAGUUGAAAGGACUGACCUUUUUGUCACCUCUAAACUAUGGUGCACUGAUUUGACUCCAGAGAGGGUUAGACCAACAUUCGAAAACACCCUUAAAAAACUUCAACUUGAUUAUCUUGAUCUUUACCUUAUCCAUUGGCCAUUUCGCUUAAAGGAAGGUGCAAGCAUGCCACCAAAAGCAGGGGACGUGCUAGAGUUUGACAUGAAAGGAGUAUGGAGGGAAAUGGAGAGGCUUGUCGCCGAUGGCCUUGUUAGAGACAUUGGCAUUUCCAACUUCACUGUCGCAAAGCUUACCAAGCUAGUGACUUUGGCUCUUGUUAAGCCUUCAGUUUGUCAGAUGGAGAUGCACCCGGGAUGGAGGAACGAGAAGAUGCUCAAUGCUUGUAGGGAACAUGGCAUCCACGCCACUGCAUACUCGCCGUUAGGUUCAGGAGGGAAGAUAGACUUGUUGAAUGAUCCAGUGGUGGUGAAAGUAGCAAAGAAGCUAAAAAAGACACCAGCUCAAAUACUUGUAAGAUGGGCAUUGCAAAGAGGGACUAGUGUCAUCCCUAAGUCGAGUAACCCGGAUAGAAUCAAGGAAAACAUACAGGUUUUCGGGUGGGAAAUUCCUCAAGAAGACUUUGAUUCUCUUUCAGCUUUCAAAGAACAGAAACGAAUCAUAGAUGGCGAAAAUCUGUUCGUGAACAAGACGGAGGGACCAUUCAAGAGCGUGGAAGAGCUCUGGGACUUUGAAGAUAUUCCUCCUCUAAAGAUUGCUCCUUAAAUUCUCUUAUGAGAUAAUAAGAAAGGAAGAUUAUCUAAAUCGACGUCUUGUAAUCUUUUUAUUUCUCUCCAAUAAAAUGUAAACUAUAUAGCAGUGUAAAAUAACAUAUAAUUGUAUAUGUUAUUUGUACUUAUUAAUGUUCUAUGUUUUUUCGUUUGUGAUCGUUAAAUUUACUUGGCAUAAUAGCUACUCUGUAUCAAGUAAUGCAUAAUGCAUUAGCAUUUAUGUGAAUCAAUUCUUAUUAAAAGAACUUGAUAGUGAUAUGUUGUUGAAGUUCAUGUUGCCCAUAUAAUAGAUUUUGCAUAACGGGCGAAUUUCACCUAAAGAGCAAGCUAUGAA